AUGUUCGCUUCAAAAUCCAGCUCUGUAUCCCCUUCUCCGUCCAUGGAGCAGGCAGAUUCAGAUGCUUUGGACAUCAGCACCAAAGUGCAGCUGUAUGGCGUGCUCUGGAAGAGACCUUUCGGGAGGCAGUCGGCCAAAUGGUCCAGGAGGUUCUUCAUCAUUAAGGAAAGUUUCCUGCUCUACUAUGCUGAGAGUGAGAAGAAGAGUUUUGAAAGCAAUAAAUACUUCAAUAUCCACCCCAAGGGUGUCAUACCCCUGGGAGGCUGCAUUGUGGAGCCCAAAGAAGAGCCCAACAUGCCUUAUGCCAUAAAGAUCUCUCAUGAAGACUUCCAUGGUAACAUUGUUCUAGCAGCCGAAUCAGAGUUUGAGCAGGCUCAGUGGCUGGAGAUGCUACAGGAGUCUGGAAAAGUGACCUGGAAGAAUGCCCAGCUGGGAGAAGCCAUGAUCGAGAGCCUGGAAGCCCAAGGACUGCAGCUGGCCAAGGAAAAACAGGAGUAUUUAGAUAACUGUAUGGAAGAAACAGAAGAGCUGUGUCUGCAGAGGGAGCAAAAAGAGGAACUUGAGCGUCUGAACCAGGUCCUGGAAGCAGAGAAGCACCGGUUUGAAGAGGUGGUACGGGAGCUGCGGCUGGAGCAGGAACAGAUCAGACGGGAGCUAGAGCUCACAGCCCGCUCCCUUAAAGGAGUGGAGGAAGAAAAGAAAGAGUUGCGAAGCCUGACACAGUCCUUACAGAAAACCCUAGAGGAGCUCUCCCUGGAAAAGCAGCAAAUGCUGGAGAUGUUGGAAGAAAAUGAGAGCCAGCUCCCACCUCCAACCAGCCCCAGCAAGGAGCAAAGCCCCAUCUGGGGACUGCACUGCAGCCUGCGACAGAUUGAAGAGAAGAUGCAGCAACUUCUGGAGGAGAAACUCCUGGCAGAGAAGAGGAUGAAGGAGAACGAGGAGCGGUCCCGAGCACUGGAGGAGGAGCGGGAGUUUUACUCUUCCCAGUCACAAGCGCUGCAGAACUCGCUCUCAGAGCUGACCGCCGAGAAGCAGCAGACAGAGAGAGACCUCAAGGCUGAGGUGAAGGUGCGCAUGGAUCUGGAGAAAAGACUGAGAGAAGCUGAGGAAGCGUUGCAGAGCUUGGAGCAAGGCUUAAAUUCUCUGGAUUGCAACAAGGAGAAAGAGGAGAGGAUGAAAGCAGAUGUCAGCAACUUGAGAAAGUUCUUUGAAGAGUGCAUCCGCAAUGCUGAGCUGGAGGCCAAGAUGCCCGUGAUCAUGAAGAACUCUGUGUACCUCCAAAAGGCUGCCACUCGUCGCAUAAAGAGCUGUCGCUUUCACCGCCGGAGAGCCAGUGCUUCGUGGAAUGACUUGAAGCAGUCCCAGUCCUUCAUCUACUCACACGCAGAAGCUGAAAACAUCGAGGAGCUGAAAGAAGCAGCCAAAAGACUGAGCCGGGACCAGCAUUUCAGGGAAACUCUCUAUCAAAUCAUGAGGUCACAAAAGGAUUCUGCUUCGGGGGACGAAAAGUGACUCUUGUU